AUGGAUAGCAGCGGUAAGGAGGCCAAGAUUACCUUCGAUAACACUCCACCAUACAUGAUUGUGUGUUCAAAGCAUUUUCACCAAGACACUACACCUGCACCUGAGAUGGAAGGUCCUGUGAAUCCAUCUCCAUCACCGGGCACUGUCCACACCGGUGCUCUGACUGAAUGCUAUGAUGAGCUGGGGAACCGCUACCAGCUGCCUGUCUACUGCCUCUCGUCUCCUGUCAACAUGAUUGAGGAAAAAAGUGAGUUGGAGACCAUUGAGAUCCCAGAAGCUCCAGCUAGCGAAGGUCAGGAGUGUCAGUUGCGUCUGCGUCUCUCCACGGGACGAGAUCUACGCCUGGCCGUCUGCACGAAUGACAAUGUCCAGCAGAUGAAGCACCGUCUACAGACCCAGGAGGGUGUAGUGGCCACCAGUCAGCGCUGGUUCUUCUCAGGCCGACCACUCACUGACAAGAUGAAGCUGGAAGAACUGAAGAUCUCCAGAGAGUAUGUCGUCCAGGUGAUCAUCAGUCAGCCUCCCACAACCCAACCACUGCAGCAGAACCCCACUCCUGUGGAAAACUAAUGACUCAUUGGGGAUAUUAAACAGCACACCAAGUGUGUAUGUGAGAGAACAUAAAUGUGCAUGGGCCACAAGAUUUUUCAGAAGAUUUCUCUAUUUUUGGAUUUGCCAUUUGAGUCUAGAGUCAACCUCUAGAGGCUUUUCCCUUCAAACACUCACUGCCUUUGACUUCUAGCUUUUUUAAGGGAGUUGAGACUCAGAUAUUCUGUUUAAAAGCAUCAGGUCUAGAAAACCAGAGUCCUGAAUUAAUCAAAAGAGGUCCAAAAAGUAUGGUUUUGGCAAAGGAAACUUAAUAAUGCUAUGUUAUUUUUAAGAAUAUGGAGUUGUAAGCUUCAUAUUCUUUUCUCCAUUUUUCUUGUGAUGAGAUCAUAUGUCUGCAAAGCAGACCGGAAGUAUGGACCUACCCAUUUCUGCUAGAACUUGAAUUAUAAAACAGAGACAAUUGGGGUCAAAAGGACAUUUUAAAGUGCUACUGGCUUUCAGGUACAGGAAAAUUACUUGUUGGACUGUUUUAUUAUAUGUUACAUUUCACAAAACCAAUGUCAGGUUUGGGUUUUCUGAUUGUCCAUUAGCUUUAAUGUUUUUUUGUUUUUUUCAGAUACAUUUUCAAUUACAUAAAUUCUCUAAACCGCAUUCAUUCAACUCUCAUUUCAAAAGAGGGUAAGUUUAUUAGUCAUGUAGACAAGUAGAUCAGCUGUUUGACUUUUGCCUCUUUAUUAAACGUGCUUUUAGUGGAGGUGGUAGGUGUCACAUUUUGCAGAUAGAUUUCAGUCUAGACAGAUUUAUUAAGCUCUGAAAGGUUGCCAUGUUGCUACGCAUCAUUCCACUCAUCCUAAGGAUAUAUAAGGGUGUUAAGGGGGUCAUCAUGUAAUAAUUGUGUGUAUACAGUACAUGUGAAAGGGGAAGCUACUGUACUGUAAGACAAGAUGAUGUCUUUGGAUGUUGAGAGGCAUAGUAGGGGAGGAAAUGACGAGGAGCAGUAAUCUAUAAUUAUAUGAAAGGAACCAGACUCAAAACCCCAUCAAUGCCAUAGUAUGAGCGCUAAGUGCUAUCCUAUUUAAAUUGAUUCAGGGCUUUGUCCUACUGAAAAGAAUUGAGAGUUAAGAAGAAGAAAAAAAACAGCUGCAUAUUUUAAUAAUAGAGAAUGUGUUUUUAAUUAAAAGUUGAUGAAACAUUUGUAAACUUAAGUAUUUCUGUUUGAUUUUGUUACAGUAUUGUUUAUUAACAAAAUAUCAUAUUUUUUUCCUAUAUUUCCUUAUAUAUACACACACACACACACUACUAAAGUUUGGGAUCAGAAUGGUUUUUGUUUUAUUUACAUGAGUUUCUUGUGCACAUCAAGUCUGCAUUUAUUUGAUCAAAAAAUACAGGAAAAACAUAUAUUAUUAUGAAAUAUUAUUAUUAUGUAAAAUAAUGUUUUUUUCUAUCUUAAUAUAAUUUCAGAUAUAUAUUAGGCAGCACACCUGUUGCCAGCAUUGAUAACUAAUAAUAAAUCAGCAUAUUAGAAUAAAAGGACCAUGUGACACUUUAUACUGGAGUAAUGGCUGAUGAAAAUUCUGCAUUGCAUCACAUACAUAAUUAUAUUUUAAAGGAUAUUAAGAUAG